UAAACAUUAUCUAUUAAGCUUCACUGAGUUCAUAGCAGUAGCAUAAAUUUUAUAUAUAUUUUGGGGUAGAAUUUAAGCUCAUGUCUCAAAAUUCGUCAUCUUUCAAAUAGUUUUUGUGUAAAUAUGGAGUUAAAUUCGAGUGGCAUGGAUACGCGAGUGCACCCAAACUCCCCGGUAUGUAAUGGGAGCACGUUACCCCCUACAGGUGGGGAUCUAGUGACUUUAGGAGCCCCGAAUGACACAAUGAAUGGUGACACAACAGCGGGCUCAGGGGGUGAUAGUAGCCAGUGUUCUGACUCUUCACCUUCGCCAAACGGUUCAAACCAAGACAUUCCGAAUGGAAAGAAUUUGACUUUUUCUCCGGAACAAGUUGCAUGUGUUUGUGAAGCUCUUCAACAAAAAGGCGACAUUGACAGACUUGCGCGUUUCCUCUGGUCAUUACCUCCGAGUGAGCUCUUGCGCGGAAGCGAGGCUGUUCUGAAAGCGCGAGCAACUGUUGCUUUUCAUAGAGGAAGUUAUCGAGAACUUUACGCGAUUUUAGAAAGUCACACGUUCGAUGCAUCAAAUCAUGCAUUCUUACAGAACUUGUGGUAUAAGGCCCACUAUAUGGAAGCUCAGAAAAUUCGUGGGCGACCGUUAGGUGCCGUAGACAAAUAUAGACUUCGUAGAAAAUACCCCUUGCCAAAAACUAUAUGGGAUGGUGAAGAAACCGUGUAUUGUUUUAAAGAAAAGUCGCGCCAGGCUUUAAAAGACUGUUAUAAGGCAAAUAGAUACCCGACCCCGGAUGAGAAAAGAAAUCUGGCCAAAAAGACGGGACUUACACUAACCCAGGUCAGCAACUGGUUCAAAAACAGGCGACAGCGCGACAGAACACCUACCCAACAACAUGGCUUCGUCAACAGGGAGAUGAUGGAAGAACAGUUCCAACAGACAAUGCAUCAUCAUCACCACCAGUCGUUCCCCCCAGCACCCACUAUGAUGUCCCAUGGUCACCAUGACUACAGGAAUGAUAUUGACAUGUCCGCGAAAAUGAUUGAUGAUAUGAGAAUGAACAUGGGAAUGCCAAUGGUGAAAAGUGAACCCUUGCCCCCACAUUACCCUUUUGCACAGCCUAUGGACCAUAGGAUUCAUUAUUCUGUGCCUGCCGUAUGAGAUAAGUUUGAUAUGUGUCGUAAUGGUGCAUGAGCGAUAUGUGAACGUGAUAGUGCCCUCAAAGUAACAACAGGAAAUAAUUUAUUCGGCAGAUAGUUGGCCAAUUGUGGAUAUGACUGGACACUGUGAUUAGCUGUUACAUGGGGACACGCAAUAUAAUAAUUGUAUCUUGAAGAAUGAACAGUGAGCAUAUACGAGGAAAGGCGAUUAUAACAUUGCUUGGAGGCCAGUCUUAGGUGUUUUUUCUUGAGCCAUUUUAAACCUAUUACAUUCCGAGAUUUGUUUGCAAGCUCAGAUUUAAAAUGUCGAAACAUGGAACAUUAUAUUGUGUAGGGUCAGCCACAUUCUCCAAAAUUAUAAAUGUAUCAGGAAUGACAAAACUUCUUCGGCAAAUAAAAAUCAAGGAAGAAAUGAUACGUCUAUAUGGAAAUUCAUGAUGUACUUGUUCAUACGUGGUAUAUGUUGUUAAAAUAUGUAGUAUAUGAGCUGUAUUUGGAUGUGUUUGAUAUUGGACAAAACAAUGGCAUGUUUAACCGAAAUUUUUGGCACCAUAAAAUUCGCCAUUUCAGUCAAAAAGUGGAUAACUGUUUCUUUUUUUGUCAGCGCAGUUAUCCACCUUUUUGCGCUGAGGUGACGUUAGUGUUUCGGGGCUUUGAUAAAAACAAAAAACUUUAUUACAAUUUGUAUCAAAGACCGUUCUCAUUUUCUCUUUUAAGGGUAUUGUGACAAUUAACUUGCUGGGGUUGAGACAUAUAUCAAAUCUGUUGAAUUUUCAAACUGGUUGCAUCAGUUGUAAAGAAGAACCAUUGUAUCGUCUUCAGAGUUCUUUGUAAUUUUGAAACACUCCUUAUCUGUGUACUUUGGAAACUUGACUGGAAUUUUAUUGAGAUUUUGGCCUUCUCUACAUUAGCUUCGAAAUUUAAAAAACUGAAAACGGAUAGCAAUAUUAUUAAACAAUAAAACAUAAAUGUUGAUAUUGGAUGUAAAUAAUUAAACGUAAAUUAACAACAUUUUCUUGAUGGUUUUUAAGUGACGAAACUAUCAUAAUUAUGUACAACUGAAAUAUUCUUUAUCUUUUAAAAGAGAGGAAACUAUUAUAUGUACAAUUGAAAUGUUCUAUAUUUCAGUUGAUGUUAAUGAUCACGCAACUGUUUUUGUUGUACAUUCAGCUGUCAAAUGAUAUAAGCCGCGCCAUGGGAAAACCAACGUAGUGGCUUUGCGACCAGCAUGGAUCCAGACCAGCCUGCGCAUCCGCGCAGUCUGGUCAGGAUCCAUGCUGUUCGCUAACAGUUUCUCUGAUUGCAAUAGGCCUUGUAAGCGAACAGCAUGGAUCCUGACCAGACUGCGCGGAUGCGCAGGCUGGUCUGGAUCCAUGCUGGUCGCAAAGCCAUUAUGUUGGUUUUCUCAUGACACAGCUCAUAUUGUAUUUGAUAUAUUUCUAGAUACCAUUCAAGACAAUCAGGCGAAUUAAAUAAAGUGAAAAUAGUACAUUUUGCUACAUUGAAACCACAACGUAUUUUCUACAGUAUGUACAGAAAUGGCACGGAUAGUGUUUUCUUUGCCGAAAGCACAAUGUUUGAUUUCAUCCCUAACUACAUAAGUAAUAUAAUAUUAAAUGCAGGCGUACUGAUUUCGCUUUAUAAAUUUCGCAAAAAUUUAAUCAUUUGACAUUGUUUGGUAUUCUUACCAAGAAACAAUAUGUAUACAAUUUUGUUCAAGAACAAUGAAAUAAAUGUCAUGUUUGUUAAAUA